UUUUCAUUCAUGCCGAGGGGAAGAAGAGAGAAGGUAUUGUUGCGUUGGCUUACAAAAACAAAAAACAUCCUUUCGGAGAUCUCAAAGGGCCUUUUCACCGGUAUUUGUUGUAUUUCUAAACACCCCUUCGAUGUUUCCGAAGUUCGCCAUUUAAAAACUGACCUCUUCUUCACCACUUGUAAUAAUCGACUCUUCUCUUUUCCCUUAAAACAAAACCCCCCAAAUCUCUGAAACCAACAAACCACAAGUUAUGGCGGCUCUCUCUUCCGCGCAGUCUUGCCGUAUUUAUUCUUCUUUGCCUUCUUCUUCUUCGUCGUCGUCGUCAUCGCUGACUUCGCUUCAACGCAUUGCCGUUUCGUCUCCGGCGACGAAACGUUUUCUUCCGGCCAAGGUUUCUCUGCAAUCGCAACCGGUUUCGCAUCGCAAUGUCGUCCGAAUGCAGCAGGAUGUGGCAACAACGGUGACGGUAGUUGGGAAUGACACUCCUUUCAACAAAUUGAAAGAAGGGAUUCUUUCGGUCACAUCCUCGGAGGAAUCUAAAGAGGCAGCUGGCAUUGAUGAUGACAAUGGAAAUGAAUCAACGGUCAGCAUUACAGUUGUUGGGGCCUCUGGGGACCUUGCCAAAAAGAAGAUUUUUCCUGCACUUUUUGCACUUUAUUACGAGGAUUGGCUCCCCAAGCAUUUUACUGUGUAUGGCUACGCGCGAAGUAAGAUGACUGAUGCAGAACUUAGAAACAUGGUUAGUAAGACCCUCACUUGCAGAAUUGAUAAAAGGGAAAAUUGUGGCGAAAAGAUGGACCAGUUUCUUAAAAGAUGUUUCUACCAUUCUGGUCAGUAUGAUUCACAGCAAAACUUUGAAGAUCUAGACAAGAAACUAAAGGAACAUGAGGCCGGUCGGGUUUCUAAUCGCCUCUUCUAUCUGUCGAUCCCUCCAAACAUAUUCAUAGAUGCUGUAAGAUGUGCAAGCAUGUCAGCUUCCUCUGGUAAUGGCUGGACCAGGGUCAUUGUGGAGAAGCCCUUUGGUCGAGAUUCAGAAUCCUCUGCUGCUUUGACAAAAGCCCUUAAGCAAUACCUAGAAGAGGAACAAAUAUUCAGAAUAGACCACUACUUGGGAAAGGAGCUAGUGGAAAACCUAUCUGUUCUCCGUUUCUCUAACCUUAUUUUUGAACCUCUAUGGUCAAGGCAGUACAUAAGAAAUGUCCAAUUGAUAUUCUCUGAAGAUUUUGGCACCGAGGGUCGUGGAGGGUACUUCAACAAUUAUGGUAUAAUAAGAGACAUAAUGCAGAAUCACCUGCUGCAGAUACUAGCCCUCUUUGCAAUGGAAACCCCUGUUAGUUUGGAUGCAGAAGAUAUCAGAAAUGAGAAGGUGAAAGUUCUACGUUCAAUGAGGCCGUUGCAACUUGAAAAUGUGGUUGUGGGGCAAUAUAAAAGUCACACAAAAGGUGGUGUCACUUACCCAGCCUACACAGAUGACAAGACUGUACCCAAGGACAGCUUAACUCCAACAUUUGCGGCAGCUGCCCUCUUUAUAGAUAAUGCAAGAUGGGAUGGAGUGCCUUUUCUAAUGAAGGCCGGAAAAGCAUUACAUAAUAAAUGGGCUGAGAUAAGAGUACAGUUUAGGCGUGUUCCUGGCAACUUAUACAACCGAAAUUUCGGGACAGAUUUUGAUCGAGCUACAAAUGAGCUUGUUAUUCGUGUACAACCUGACGAAGCUAUUUAUCUGAAGAUCAAUAACAAGGUCCCUGGUCUGGGAAUGAGAUUGGACCGCAGUAACCUAAAUCUUCUUUAUGCAGCGAGAUACUCAAAAGAGAUUCCGGACGCUUACGAGAGGCUAUUGCUGGAUGCUAUUGAAGGGGAAAGAAGGUUGUUUAUCCGAAGUGAUGAAUUGGAUGCUGCUUGGGCACUGUUCACACCUUUGUUGAAAGAGCUUGAAGAGAAGAAGAUAAUUCCCGAGUACUAUCCGUACGGUAGUAGAGGUCCUGUUGGGGCCCAUUAUCUUGCAGCAAGAUACAAUGUGAGGUGGGGUGAUGUUGGUGUAGAGCAAUGAAGCUGUUACUUCCCAAAUCAGGUUUGGUGAACAACCAUUUCGAUUCUGGUAGUUCAUUAGUUACCUUGUCUAGGGAGAAUGAAAAGUUUAUGGGAUAGGGAACAAUAAUUCUGCCAUCUUUUCUUCUGUUAUAAAUUAGUGUUAAUCUUUUACUAUAAAAAUAUUCAAUUCCCCUGGAGUUAAAGUUACUCAUUUCUCAGUAUGAAAUUGGAGUUAGAAGUAGAGGGGUCAGCCAGUGCUUGAUGUUUGUGGUUCGCCAGCAAUACAAAGACUAGAACUAGUGAGCUUUUUUAAGUCGUCCAAAGUUCUGAAGUGGUAGAAGCAAAAGGAAAGAAGAAAAGACGAGAAAAUGUUGAUAGAAAAGAGUUUAUGAGUUUUCUUAACAGUUGACACAAUAAUUGUGACUUGGGAGCAACACGCUUCUAGUGAGGAGCGGGAAUAUCUUUCGCUCUGGUUUCUCAAGUUUCUCAUAUAUAAAGGGGACACCGAUCUUCAGGUUAAUCAUAAAAAUGAGAGAAGACUCGAUGAGAUUGAGAGGUGUGUGAUUUUUUGUUGUAAACAACUUCUCGUUAUUUGUAUGCUUUCAAAAGUCGUCUGGAUGGUUUACUACUCAUGACUUGAGGUAGCAUCUGGUCUCUUUGCCUUUUGCAUUAAGAGCUGCCAGAAGUCAAGCCAGUGUGCCCUGCUGCCUUUCAUCCAUCUCGUAUAAAUGGUUACGGGAAUUUAGAAACCAUAGCUUAUAUUGGAGGGAAAAGUGAACUAGGAUGAUAGCCACUCUUUAAAGGGAUGUUUGUUUCAUGUAUCAAUCUCUGGUUUUGAAUCAUAGUUCAUGGUUCUCUACAGCGUUUUCA